CAUUGAUCAUGUGACUGCCUGAAGUGUUGGUUGUCGAUGGUAAUAGUUUUUUUUAGAUUUUAUUGAAAAUCCCUCAAGAAAUCAUGCUGUUUUGUCUCGGACAAAGAUGGACACAUCAUCAUAUAUCCGUGUUCAUCUUAACAUUUAUGGGACUUGGAAUUCGAGGAAGUUUUUCAAAGAUGAAGGAAGUGCUGAAUACUUUCUUGGUGCUUUAGAUAGUAUAUUUAUGGUAUGCUAUGCAAUUGGUUUAUACAUAAAUGGCGCAGUCGGAGAUAGACUUGAUACCCGUAAAGUAUUAAGCUUUGGUAUGAUUGGGUCAUCGAUAACUGUAAUUCUAUUUGGAUGCGUUAGCGAAUGGACCCAUUUUUACAAUAAGCCGUAUUACAUCGCUUGGUGGGUACUUAACGGCUUUCUCCAAUCAACUGGGUGGCCGGCCUGCGUUGCAGUCAUGGGAUAUUGGGUUGGUAAAAGUAGUAGAGGUUUGGUUCUUGGGUUAUGGAGCGCAUGCGCUUCAGUGGGAAACAUUAUCGGAGCUUUAUUAUGUUCAUCAGUUUUAAAUUACGGGUAUUCUUACGCUUUUUUAUUACCGUCUACUGUUCUACUUGGAGGAGGAAUAGUUAUUCUAUUCGGUCUUGUUGUAUAUCCAUCAGACGUUGGUCUAGAAGAUCCAGAUUCGCACGAAGAAUCUAAUGGACAAAAUCCUAUCGAUACUGAUAGGGAAAGGUUACUUGACAAUAAUGAAGACAUACAAGUUCUGCCAGAUCAGAAUAAAGCUAUUAGCGUUGGAAGAGCUCUUUUACUACCAGGAGUAAUCCCUUAUUCGUUGGCCUACGGGUGUUUGAAACUAGUUAAUUAUUCAUUCUUCUUUUGGUUGCCAUUAUACUUAGGUUCUAAAUUUGGCUGGGGAAAUACAGAAUCAGAUAAACUAUCUAUAUGGUAUGAUGUGGGUGGUAUAAUUCUAGGAACAGUUGCCGGAUUUAUAUCAGAUUUUUCUGGACGAAGGGCACCAGUGAUGACUGUUCUCCUUGUACUAGCUAUGCCAAUGCUCUAUUUUUAUAAAAUUUCGCCUAACGAUAAAAAGAUUAACGCGGUACUAAUGACGCUUUUGGGUGGUUUUAUUGGUGGGCCAUCUAAUUUGAUUAGUGCUGCUAUAUCAGCCGACCUUGGACGUCAAACUGUCGUUCAAGGAAACGAGAGAGCUCUAUCUACUGUAACUGGUAUUGUGGACGGAACGGGUAGCGUUGGAGCGGCAAUUGGUCAAUUUUUACUACCCGUCAUUCAUCAGAAACUAGGCUGGGGAGCAGUCUUUUAUUUUUUCAUGAUUAUGACUGGAUCUACAUUACUUUGUAUCUUGCCAAUUAUUUAUAAUGAUUUCAAAGAACACGGUUUUAGAUGCUGCUCAAAAAGAACCCAAAAUGUCGGAUAUCAAAGAAUAAUUAUGGAUAUUGACGAACAAACUCUAGCAACUCCUGGCAAGGAACAGCUUUCCACUGUUGACCAAUCUGCUGGAGAUAUGCCUUCUUUGGCGCCUAUUCACCAUCCUCAAAAAGUCCCCGGCGAAGAGGAAGAGGAGGAAGAGUUCAUAGACGAAACUUUAGCGGAACGUUUGUGGGGUCUAACUGAAAUGUUUCCCGAGCGUGUUAGAACAUUUGCUGAUGUAUCAACUAAAAUAACCUGGGCAACAAGCAAAUUUUUCUAUUCAAAAGCCACUUACUUAUCUUGGUUUAUAGCUUCUAGUGCAUGUAUUAUGGCUCUACCCGUUAUGAUUGAAAGUGAAAGAGCCCAAAUGGAAGAACAGCAUUUACAGCAGCAACGUCAAAUCCUAUUAGGACCUAGCGCCGUUUCAAGUCAAUCGAAAAUGCCACAGUUUGCCCAGUAA